CCUACUAGUACUCCAUCUACAUAUUUUAUAUCUCUUGUGAUGAGCGGAACUUUACAAAAAGGAAAAAAUGUUUUGCGCACGUCUAACCGUGAAAAAAUAGAACUUUGAUCAAGUGACUAUUUAACUCCGUGCGUGUACGUAUUUAUUUAUAGUUUGGAGUGUACGCGAGAUUAUUGAGAAAAAUUGUAUAAAAUCUAAGAAAUUCAAUCAUGUUACAAAAGAUGAGAUUUUUGCAUACCGCAUUCGAGAAAUCGGUGAACAGCAAAGGUUUCGAUCGGUGUCUAAAAAAUGUACAAAUACUAUCAAAUGUCGAUGGAAAGUGUAAAGCACAAUUCACUGUGACUGAAGAGCAUUUAAAUCAUUUUGGCACUCUACAUGGUGGUUUCACUAGUUCUGUUAUAGAUGUUAUAUCUUCUUACGCUCUUACAUCUUAUAAAAAUCUUAAUACUACUGGAGCUUCUGUAGACCUGCAUGUGACGUUUUUGAAGGCUGCGCUUCCUGGUGAUGUAGUUACCGUCAAUGCUGAGACUAUACGUGCUGGUAAGACCUUGGCGUUUCUUGCGGUGGAGCUGACGAAGAACGACGGUAAGGAUGUCGUUGCCCGUGGACAACAUACCAAAUAUGUUGCGCCAACUAAAAAAUGAAAUUAUUCGGUAAUAACUUAACAGACCCAAAUGUGUCAUUAAGUACAUAAUAAAAAAUGGAAUAUAUUUUUAUAUUUUAAUACAUCUUUUAGUAGAUCAUUGUAAAUAUUUAAGUUUUGCUGCGAUACGCGCAUACAAUUACAAUUUGUGCUAUAGUUGCAUUACUAAUAAGAAAGAUCGCGCAGCGUUAUUGUUAUCUGUGCGUUUCUAUUUACAUUGUGUUGCGAGUAUUUCUAAUAAAUGCAAGAGAAAAGUAA